AUGUAUUUAGAAAAAAUAAACAUCGCUGUUACAUACAAUACAAUAAAUGUUUCUGGACACCUAUCUAAUUAUUUUAAAUCUAUCUAUCUAUCUAUCUAUCUAUCUAUCUAUCUAUCUAUCUAUCUAUCUCGUUUAAAACUAUUUCGUUUAAAUCUAUCUGUUUAUCUAUCUAUCUCGUUUAAAACUAUUUCGUUUAAAUCUAUCUAUCUAUCUAUCUAUCUAUCUAUCUAUCUAUCUAUCUAUCUUGUUUACAACCAUUUAUUUUGUUUAAAUCUCUCUCGCUUAAAUCUAUCUAUCUAUCUAUCUAUCUAUCUAUCUAUCUAUCUAUCUAUCUAUAUUGUUUACCUCUAUUUAUUUUGUUUAGAUCUUACUCGUUUAAAUCUAUCUAUCUAUCUAUCUAUCUAUCUAUCUAUCUAUCUAUCUAUCUAUGUCAGUCUGUUCUAUCUAUCUAUCUAUCUAUCUAUCUAUCUAUCUAUCUAUCUAUCUAUCUAUCUAUCUCGUUUAGUUCUUUCUCUCAGUCUAAUAUUUAAAAAAUAUCCGUCUAUAUCUAUUUAUUGA